AUGAGUAUCUCAAAAGAGAGUGACAAUGACUCAUUACCGUUCGAUCGGGUGACCGGACGAGUCCGCGGCUCGGUGAAUAUGCUUGAAAUUGAAAAAAAUGUUGAGUGGGUGGAAGUUAGCGGAAGAUGGAGUCGUAUGUCGAUUAUGGGAACGUCUCUGACACCGGAAAUUUUGUCGACUGAAAAUCAAGGAGAGAAGGAUGAACGAAUUAUCAUUUUUAUGAUCCCAGGAAAUCCUGGCAAUGACGGCUUCUACACCGACUUCGGAAGACGUUUGAUCCGUAACUUGAUUGCGCGCGAAGAACGUCUUGGCCACCGACGCGUCCAGUUCCUUUUCUACACUUUGUCACAUUUGAAUCAUGUUCUUCUCCCAGCGGCGUUACGCUGUUCAGAUAGUCACAAAGUCAACGAAAGAUUUAAUCUCGGCGACCAAAUUCAACACAAACUUGACUUUGUAAAAGAGUACUUGCCAAGAGGUAACAGAGUUUACAUGUUUGGACAUGGAGCUGGUGCAUAUAUGCUGUUGAGCAUUCUCCCGUAUAUCAAAGAUGAUUUCAACCUGAGAAAAGCAGUAUGUUUGUUCCCUACAAUCGAGAAGAUGACUGAAUCUCCUCACGGUAUCCGAUUGAGAAAAGUUGUUUCUACGCUUAGACAAAACGACUGGCUUGCACGUACUCUUUCAUUCUGGGUGGAUUUGAUGCCAGAAUCUUUGAAACGUCGUAUUAUUUCAAUGAAAUUGAGUUCUGAUCAAUCUCCAGAACUGGUGGAUUCACUUUCCGAACUUCUUCACAUGAAUGUAUUCCGCAACAUAGUACACCUAUGUAACGACGAACUCGAUAAGAUUGGCACUUUGGAUGAAACACUCUUGUUCCAUAAGAAUCUCAUUUAUUUCUAUUAUGGAGCAAAUGACGGAUGGUGUCCAAUUGAGCAAGGACAACAAAUGAGUGAACGAUUGACUAGAGGACAUGUGGUCAUUGACAAAGAUCACGUCGAACACUCAUUUGUUUUCCGUGAUGCAGCCACCAUGGCUGAAAAAGUUCUUCAAUUCAUUGUCUGA